GUCCUUUCGCAGUUGGCACACAUCAGAGUCCUACCAAGUGGCACCAAAGCUCGUUCUCCCGACCCCGACUGUCCCCAAUGCGCAGUCCGCGAGGCCUCCUCACCGCCUCCGGCUACCUUGCGGGCCGGCACGCUCCGUCGCCCUCCGUGUCCACCACUGGCCACAACUCCCUACUCGCUCGCACCUUCCAAAUCCUAGCCCAGCCGGAGUCCGUCCGUCUGCAGAAGCACCCGGCACCCAACUCCGGGAUCUUAGAGCUGAGGCUGGAGCGGCCGGAAGUCAAGAACGCCAUUAAUUGGGAUAUGAUGAGGAUGCUGCGGAGCGCCAUAGAGAAGAUUCAGGCCGACACGACGGCGAAGGUCGUCCUUGUUGCGAGCUCCGUGCCGGGGGCUUUCUCUGCAGGCGCCGAUCUCAAGGAAAGGAGGCUAAUGAGUUCUUCUGACGUUGGGGGGUAUGCUAGAUCCUUGAGGUCUACAUUUUCGUCUUUUGAGGCACUUCCUAUUCCAACAAUUGCUGUCAUUGAAGGAGCUGCCCUUGGUGGUGGGCUAGAACUGGCUUUGGCGUGCGAUCUUCGAAUAUGUGGAGAAAAUGCUGAACUUGGACUGCCAGAAACAAGCCUUGCUAUUAUACCUGGAGCUGGUGGUACGCAACGCCUUCCUAGGAUCAUAGGGAGGUCCAGAGCAAAGGAACUGAUAUUCACUGGCCGCAGAUGUGGUGCAGCUGAAGCUGUAACGAUGGGGUUAGCAAACUAUUGUGUUCCAGCAGGAGAGGCUUACCAGAAGGCUCUUGACAUUGCCUGUGAGAUAACCCAGAAGGGUCCCAUGGGGAUAAGAAUGGCAAAGAAGGCGAUCAAUGAGGGGGCAGAGGUUGCCGACAUGUCCUCGGCGCUGGCUAUCGAAGGGGAGUGCUACGAGCAGCUGCUUUACACGCAGGAUCGCGUUGAGGCCCUAGCUGCAUUUGCUGAGAAGAGGAAGCCUGUGUACACAGGAAAGUAGUAGUGUCAGAAAGGAUGAUAAUCGUCUUGAGAGUCUGCUACAAGCAGAGAUGGUGGCAAUGGAUACCCCAAAUCCAUACAUCCAAUAGCCGGGUGUGGAAUAAAUUCUUUAUCAUAGAUACGUUAAUGGGUACAAUAUUAUACCCAUCAGUAGACGGGUGCAAGAUGGAUGCGGGUAUAGAUAUAUAUUAGCUAUCUAUGGGUAAUUUUUACCCACCUCAUCUAUAUAUAUAAUCUACUCAAUUAAGUACAUAUAAAUAUAUAUUAGCUAAAAAUAAAAUCAACUUACAUAUCUCUACAAC